UCUAAAGAGGAAAAUUAGAAAACCAAAAUGGGAAGGAGUUAGUUACACCUAACAAAUUUCCCGUGGGCCCACCUUAUAAUGGUUCAGUUACAGCGCGUAAAUGUGCAAUGUAUACUGUACCAGUACAGAGUACUAGAUUAACUUUCGCUGCUGAAGAAAUUUCGCUCUACCUAUAAACCACAUCAUCGUUCUCUCACCCUAAGGAAGUAAAGCCGUUGAAGUUGGGUGUUUGGUGAGCGCAUAGUUGACUACGUGGGAGAUACUUUUGAUCUCUUCAGCUUUCUUUAUCUUUUUCGCCUAGGACUGCAGAGUUUAAUAUCAUGGCAAGGAAGAAGAUCAGAGAGUAUGAUUCUAAGAGGCUUCUAAAGGAGCAUUUGAAACGUUUGUCUGGAAUCGACCUCCAGAUCUGCUCUGCUCAAGUAGUAGAAGCCACUGAUUUCUCUGAGUUAACCAACAAAGAACCAUGGAUUUCAUCCACAAAAUUGGUUGUAAAACCAGAUAUGUUGUUUGGGAAGCGUGGAAAGAGCGGUUUGGUGGCGUUGAAAUUGGAUCUAGCAGAAGUUGCCGAGUUUGUUAAAGAACGGCUUGGUGUGGAGGUUGAGAUCAGUGGCUGCAAGGCGCCUAUUACAACCUUCAUUGUUGAACCAUUUGUUCCCCAUGAAGAGGAAUAUUAUCUUUCAAUAGUCUCUGAAAGACUAGGGUGUACAAUUAGCUUCUCAGAAUGUGGAGGCAUUGAAAUUGAAGAAAACUGGGAUAAGGUCAAGACAAUAUUCCUUCCAACUGAAAAGCCUAUGACUUUGGAGGCAUGUGCUCCACUGAUUGCCACACUUCCUUUGGAGGUAAGGGGAAAAAUUGGCAACUUUAUAAUGGGUGUGUUUGCUGUAUUUCAAGACCUGGACUUCAGUUUUCUUGAGAUGAACCCAUUUGCGCUUGUUAAUGGUGAACCAUAUCCCCUGGAUAUGAGAGGAGAAUUAGAUGACACAGCCGCCUUUAAAAACUUUAAGAAGUGGGGUAAUAUUGAGUUCCCUCUACCUUUUGGGAGAGUUUUGAGCCCAACAGAAAGGUUUAUUCAUUCAUUGGAUGAAAAAACCAGUGCGUCUCUGAAGUUUACUGUUUUGAACCCCAAAGGACGGAUCUGGACAAUGGUAGCUGGUGGUGGAGCAAGUGUAAUAUAUGCUGAUACAGUUGGAGAUUUAGGCUAUGCAUCUGAGCUUGGUAAUUACGCAGAAUAUAGUGGAGCUCCAAAUGAAGAGGAAGUUUUACAAUAUGCUCGUGUAGUUCUUGAUUGUGCCACAACUGAUCCAGAUGGCUGUAAGAGAGCUCUCAUUAUUGGAGGGGGCAUUGCUAAUUUUACAGAUGUUGCCUCUACAUUCAAUGGAAUUAUCCGAGCUCUAAGGGAGAAGGAAUCCAAGUUAAAAGCUGCUAGAAUGCACAUUUAUGUUCGGAGAGGUGGGCCUAAUUAUCAAACAGGUUUGGCAAAAAUGCGUGCAUUGGGAGAGGAGUUGGGAGUUCCUCUAGAGGUUUAUGGACCCGAGGCUACAAUGACUGGCAUUUGCAAACGAGCAAUUGAUUGUGUUAUAUCCACAGCAUAGAUUUCAAAGUCUCUUUCCUUUUUGUUUUUUAGGCUUCUUUAUUUUCCGUGCUUUAUUCCUUCCAAAUCAAAACUGAAAGUGCAUUUUCUGAAUUCAUGAAACUUUUGCAAUAACAGAGAAGUUUGAAAAGAAUUGUUUGUCGGCAUUCGAAGGAUAAUCAUAUGUAAUAAUGCAAAUGACCUAUUUGCAACAUUAUCAUAAGUAAGAGCAGGAAAAAUAUGCUCCCAUUCUCAUUAUAUUUACAUUUUACUGCAUAAGUUUCAUAUGCAUAA